CAACCAGAGAGAGUAAUAAUAAGCUUACAAACAUCGGUGCGACGCCAACACCGCGCUCGUUGUAAUUAUUGCCAUUUGAUCGCUUCUGUUCUCGAUUCAUUCCCUCUCACCCGGAGAGCGAAGACCCACCCUCCUCUUUCCUGAUAGGAAUCCACGAACAAGGACUAACAGGUGGACUGUCAGAGUAACCCCCAGCGCUGCAGCUGCGGCAGAGCAAUCAUCACCUGCUCCGUCUCCAGAGCUCUGAUUUGAUUAGCGGAAGCAUCAUCCUUCGAUGAAAGCCGGAGAGCCCUCGGCGUCUGGUUUGCUGAAAGGAGUUUGGUUGUAUCGGAGGUGAAAUGGCUGCUGUGUUGGUCCCUGGUGUUCUCCUCAAGCUCCUCCGGCACAUGAACGCUGAUGCGAAAGUUGGCGUUGAGCAUUGCUCAUCUGUCCUCCAGGUCGUCAGCAUUGUCCCUGCUCUUGCCGGUGGAGAGCUGUAUCCGAACCAGGGAUUCUACCUCAGGGUGUCUGAUUCCUCCCAUGCUACCUUUGUCUCCUUACCUGAUGAGCAAGUUGACCUCAUCUUGAGUGAUGAAAUCCAACUAGGCCAAUUCAUCCAUGUCGACCGCCUCGAGGCAGCCUCCCCUGUGCCCAUUCUUAGAGGUGUCAUGCCUCUCCCUGGUCGUCAUCCUUUUGUUGGCAAACCUCAAGAUCUUGUGGCCACUUGUUCCUCGGGGUUGCUUGGCAGCGAGAAAUCAAAGGUGUCGCAUGGCUCUAGUGGCAAUGCAAAUGAUGAUCCACCAUCUGCAAAGGAGAAGAACAAGUCUGGGAAAUUGGAGGACGGUUCCAAAGUUGUGGUGGUGGAAAAGAAGAAGUCGUCACUCAGUCGGUCGAGCUCUUCCCUGUCAAAACAAUUGACUAGUAGUGAUGUGGAGAAGAAGGAAGUCCACCAUGUGAGGUCAAGAUCAUUGAAUCUGAGGUCAGUCCCUUCAUCUCCAUCGGACUGUUUCCCGUCGCCUGUGUCCGAGAAGCUCCACUCUGAAGUUAAGCAGCAGGCAAAGGUUAAUGUGCCAGAGAAGACUUCGCCUUCAAGGUUUGGAUUGUUGGGGAGGGCAGCUUCUGUUUUAAAAGCAACCACAGCUGGUAGGAAAUCAUCUGCUGGGACUUUGAUUGGAAAUUUGGUUCCAGCUUUCAAGUCAGGAUCAAAGGUUCUGAGGAAGAGCUGGGAAGAGAACAUGGAGUUAAAGGACAGGGAUAAUUCUACUCCUAGGGCAACAAAGAAAGAGAUCAAACCUGAAACCCGAAGCAUUUCUGCUCCCCGAAAAAACACACUCACAACUGAGAGGCUGUCACAUAAAGAGGACAGCAAGGUUCAGACUACUGGAAAGAAAGGCAAAGCUGAUGCUGAUCUGGAAGAUCAUGAUAAGUCGAUUAAGCAACAGCCUGCUGUAAAGAAAACUUCAGUUUCCUCAUGUAAUCUAACCCCUGAAAGCUCAUCUACAUUUGUCCCCAGUAAUGUUUCUUGGGCAUCACUUCCAUCUUCUCUAGCAAAACUUGGAAAGGAAGUACUGGAGUAUCGAGAUGCUGCACAACGAGCUGCUAUUGAGGCCUUGCAGGAAGCUUCUGCUGCAGAGACCCUGAUUCAGUGUAUGAGCAUGUACGCCGAGUUACGAUCCUCCGCGGAGGAUGACAACCCGCAGCAGGCAGUGGAGCAGUUCUUGGCACUAUUCGGUACCCUCACCCGCGCCGGCCUCGUCGCUGACUCCCUCUUCAAGCUCGCUGUAACCUCACCGACCGACCCCCUGGGUGGUGACCCGACCAUGGAGGAGGCUCUCCGCGUCUCCGGGGUCCACCGGAAGCUCGCCGCUGCUUGGAUCCACACCGCCAUCGCCACCGACCUCUCCGCCUUCUCCCUCUACGGCCCCGGCGCUUCUCCUUCGAAGCAUCGGGGGACAACGGUCUCGGUGGUCCUCGAAGCCCCGCGCAAACCCGCAUCCCCUUUAAAGCCCUCGUCUUCCUCCACUUCAUCCGCCCCCACCGCCGUUUCUCAGAUCAAGCAGCGCUCGUCGGCUUCGAUCCAGAAGCCCCGGGCGCCUCCGCCGCUCCCCCCGCCGCGAGAGUGGAUGAGCGGGCAAGGCGUGGCGGAGGUGGCGGCGGUCGGGCGAGCGCUGAGGCGGGAGGCGAGGGGGUGGUUCCUAGGGUUCGUGGAGCGGUUCUUGGACGCCGACGCGGCGGCCGCGGACGGGCCACGCGACCGCGACCUGGUGGCGGGGACGCUGUCGCAGCUGAAGAGGGUGAACGACUGGCUAGACGGCGUCGGGGAGAGGGGCGGCGACGGGAUGGCGGAGGACGGCGGCGUUCCACCGGAGACGAUCGAGCGGCUGAGGAGGAAGAUCUUCGACUACCUCAUCGCGCACGUCGAGUCGGCCGCCGUGGCGCUGGGCGGUGGCCGACAUGGCGUGCCGGCGUCGUCGUCAUCGCGCACCUCGUCCGUGCACGAAUCACGGAGCGCGAACAGGUAGUAAAUUGCAACGGGUCACGUGGAGCGAUGCUAAGCAAUCUUAAUUCUUCUUUGGUGUCUGAAGGUCGUCAGCUGAUAGAAUCACUGGAGGGCAAGUGGCGGUCCACAAUAUGAAGAUAUGUAUAUUUUGUUGCUCAAUAUCCUAUUUAUUUUCCACCCCAAAAAAUAUAUUAGAUAUUACGAGGAAAGAUAUGCCAAGCUUGAAUAUUAUACAUGUUCUUUA